GUCAAACAGCUAGCGUUGACUUAGCUAGUGCUAGGUUGUGUUUUCAUAUCUCAGCUGAAUAUUUCUGUAAAAAUGUCUUCAGUUCAGCAUCUGAGAGAGUUUAUCAGAGAGCGACUAACUGCUGCCGCUGAGGAAAUCUUCACAGAGGUUGAAAAAACAAUCAUUCGCUACGAGGAAGAAAACAGACUGAUGGAAAACUGCUGGAAACCCCAGGAAAAGCUGCAGAGAAUCGGAAUCCAAAAGCCACAUAUCUUCAACGAGGAGGAAACUAUAGCCAUUCAGCUGUUUCGUAACCAGCGCAAAAGGUCCAAUAAGGACCAGGAUGAAGCAGUACCUCAGUGGACUGAAGAGGAUUGCAAGGAACCAGAAAAUCCAUAUUCACAUAUUAAAAAACAGGGGGAACCAGGACCUCCAUGGAUUAAAGAGGAAGAAGAACAUCAAGAGUCUUCACUGAUCAAAGAAGAAAAAGAUGAACCUGAGUUUUCAUGGGCUGAAGUGGAACAUCAGGAACAGGAUGUGUUAUUGAAGGAAAAACAGAAUGAAUCAGGACCUCCAUGUUAUCAAGAAGAGGAAGAGCCAGCAUCUCCGCUACUUGACAUUAAGAAGGAACCAGAUUAUUCACUACCUAAAUAUGAACAGUGGCUACCAGAGCAUACACUGUCUACACAGUACCAGGAAGACCUAAACAGCAGACAGAAGGAAAAGCAGCUUUUCCAGAAGCAGUCAAUCACUUUUAUGGAGACCUUUAAUAUUCAGGAAGUUGAUUUGAGUGAAAGAGAACCAAGAACUGAUCAGCAUUCCAUUGAUAUCUUUUCUGCAGCUGAGACUAAAGAAUGGGAAGAACGCAGCUCCACUACGUCAGAGAGUCAGCCUCAAACUGACAUGGAGAAAAUGCCUUUAAAAUGUGACAUUUGUGGGAGAUUCUUUAGGAAUAAGUCUACCAUGAAACAGCAUUACAUAAACCACACAGGUGACAAACCUUUUACAUGCGAGACGUGUGGAAAAGGUUUCUCCAGGAUUAGAAACUUAAAUGACCACAUUAGAACCCACACAGGUGAAAAACCUUUCCCAUGUAACGUUUGUGGAAAAAACUUCUCUCAGAUUGGUAGUUUACGGAUUCACAUUAGAACCCACACAGGUGAGAAACCUUUUACAUGCCAGACAUGUGGAAAAGGUUUCUCCCUGAUUAGAAACUUAAAUGACCACAUCAGAACCCACACAGGUGAAAAACCUUUCCCAUGUAACGUGUGUGGAAAAAACUUCUCUCAGAUUGGUAGUUUAAGGAUUCACAUUAGAACUCACACAGGUGAGAAACCUUUUCGUUGUAAGACAUGCGGAAAAGGGUUUUCUGAGUUUAAAAGUCUAAGCAUUCACAUCAGAACCCACACAGGUGAGAGGCCUUUUCCGUGUAAGACAUGUGGAAAAAGGUUCUCUCAGGUCAGUCAUUUAAAUGUUCACAUUAGAACCCACACAGGUGAGAAACCUUUUCCAUGCAAGACAUGUGGAAAAAGUUUCUCUCAGAUUAGUAGCUUAAAUGCUCACAUCAGGAUCCACACCGGGGAGAAACCUUAUCGCUGUAAAAUAUGUGGAAAAAAUUUCUCUCAUCAUGGUACUUUAAAUGCUCACAUCAGAACCCACACAGGUGAAAAACCUUUUCCAUGUGAGAUAUGUGGAAAACGUUUUUCUCAGAUUAGUACUCUAAAUUCUCACAGGCAAACCCACACAGAUGAGAAACCUUUUCUGUAUAAUACAUGUGAAAAAAGUCUUUCCUAGAUAAGUAUUUUAAAUGAUCACAUCAGAACCCACACAGGUGAACCUUUAUUUCAAAUAUGUGAAGAAAAAAAACUUUGUUGAUAUUGGCACAUUUCCACAUCAAAUGUUAAAGUGAAAAUGGUUAACCAAACUCAACUUAAUUCAAGAGAUUGUUUCUUACUAUUAUCAAAAAUUUUAUUACAAAUUUGAAAAAUAUAAUUGUAAAAGAAAAAAAUGUUUUUUGUUGCAGUACUCAAAGCUGUGAUGUAAUGGGUUGGUUGAUACUUCAGCUAGCAAUUGAAAACAGUGGAGAUACAUCACAACCAUAAAACACUUAAAUAAUUUGGUAUAACGGAAGAUGAAGCUGAAAGGACACUCAAGCAUCUAAAUAAUAUUAGCUUAUGCUUUGGAUCCCAUUCACCGUGUGACAUGAGCCGCAAUAAGGAGGGAGGAGGCAGUUUUGGUGCCGGGGUUCUGACUAUCCCUGCUACCCAACAGAACACCGGCUGUGGAGAUAAUGUAAAGCAAAAACAUUUGAGACAUGCCGUUUAUGAUCCAUCGGCCAGUCGGCUAAAGCCUGAAUCUGCUCCAGGUGAUUUUAACCUUCUUUAGACUGGGCUUUACUGGCUGGCCAAAACUUUCUAACAGUUGGUCAGCAGUAACAGUCAACCAUAAUGACUAGGUGAAAAACACACUAAGCAGGUAGAAUCAUGUUAUGUUGUCAGUCAUCAACUAUGCCCCUAACUCCAAAACAAACGUCCAUCACUAGAGCUUAGCUUUCCACAGUUAUUCCUGUUUGAGCUUCUUAAUAGCACACUUUUUUAUACCUCCAGCCAUCAGGAUGAACACAUCUAUGCAGCACAGGAUACCGCUGCAGUCCAAACCUCCAAAGAAAUGGUCUAUUUCUUACCGUGAUUCCCCGUUUCCAUGGCAGGCAGUCAGGUUAUCCUAAGAUCCCAGCUCUCCCUCACCAUCCUACGGGCUUUAUCCCUGAAAUGUCCGGUCAUGCUGUGUCUCUGCUCUGGGGUCAUUCAGGGACACCUCCAAAGCUUCCAUCUCUUUGCAGAGCGAUCUAAGUGUCCGAACAUUAGUAAAGCAAAACUUUACUAAUAUAAAGUUGUGAUGGACGUUUGUCCAUCACUAGAGCAUAGGGGCAUAGUUCUUGACUUGGUAAGUGGCAACAUGAAUUUACAUAUUAAAAAAAAAAAAAAUUCCAAUUACUUUUUUUUUCUUUCCAUUUUUGAAGACGUUUAGCUUCCUGGAUGGGAAGUUAAACGCCUUCGAACUUGGAAGCAAAGUCCAGUGGAUUUUUUCUUUUUUUUUUAAAUUUUUUUUUUAAUUCUGCCUGCUUAUGGUGUUUUUGCACCAUGUCACUAUGCUUGAUUGUUGCAGCUGACCUGCUGUCGUAGUUUUUGGCCGGUCAGUAGAGCCCAACUUUUAUAGGCAGCGAAAUAAACUAACUUUAGCUGGCUGUCUGAUGGACCACUAGCUUGCCAUACUGAAGAGUUUUUACAUUAUAGUGGGUGUUCUGUCAGGUAGCGGGGCUAGUAAGAACCCGGGUUCCAAAACUGCCUCUUCUCUCCAUCCUACGCCUCACUUCACAUGGUGAAUGGGCUCAUAAGCGUAUGUCAUGUGAUUUAGACGCUUUACUAUCCUUUCAGCUUCGUCUUCAAUCGUACUAAAUUUUUAAAGCAUUUUAUAGUUAUGAUGUAUUGCUGCUAUAUUAAAUUUAUUCAUUUGCUAGCUGAAGCAUUGACCAACCCCAUGGCGUAACUGCUUGGGGUACUGUAAUAUGGCGGCACCCAUACCAAAAAAUAUUAAUACUGUUUCUUUUAUGUUUAUGUUUUUCACAUUUGUAGUAUAAUUGUUGAUAAUAGUAAGACAAAAUCUCAUGAAUUAAGUUAGUUUAGUUAACUGUUUCAUUUCCCUUUAGCACAAAAAUGAGAAGUAGUCAGUGGACCUCACACAGAUAUAAAUAGAAAAAAACAUCUAAUUUUACUUUUAAUUUGAAUUUUUUGCUUAAAAUAGUACAAAAUGAAAAGUCUAAAUCAGUUUAAAUAUUCUUAUGAGUGAAGGUGUGUCUGGCUACAUUAGGUUUGAUUGUUUAAUUGUGACUCAUAACUAGGUUUACUGCAAGGAACUUGAAAUUAAGUCAUUUGAGUUUUAAACUAAAUGUAUGUUUUCCUGUAGUUUCCACAGACUACUUCCAAAAAUGGAUCUGAUCCAUGUCAAUUCUCCCCAAGUUACUGACACUGAUGAACUUUGGUUGCUUAGCAAUUAGCCAAUGCCUCGAUGUUUCUUUCGAUCCCUGCACAUAAUUAAGCCGACCUCUGCAAGAUGCAGGUUAUAACUCCAGAACAGAAAUGAUUCUUCUCCAGUUGGACAGCAGAUAUUAUCCUGUCUUUGAAAGCUUCAUUUAAGGAACAGCUUGUUGAACUUAGAUGAUCCAGUGUUCUCUCAUAUCUUGAUUGGAUAAUAUUUCAGAACUCUUCAUUCUGUUCUGUAUUUGUUGAUUCCUCACAAUAAAACUAAUUCUCUCUUUGCAUUUCUUUAUGCUUUGAUUAGCAUGGAACAGACAACUGAAGUUAAAGCUUUCCUAAUUUUAACCAUUUACCCAACUGCUUGUAAAUUUGGAUAUGAACUGUAGAUAAUCUAUGUAGAAAACCUGAUAUAAAAAUCUAAUUUUUCUUUAUUAUUAAAAUAUUUUUCUCUCAAAAGUACAUAUCCCUUUACUUUCCUUAGGAUCUUCCAGAUACGUCUUGCAACAGUAAUAAUGUUCAUUAACAAUCUCUUAGUCUGACACAAAUA